CCGGGACUAGGUUGUGAGAGGAAAACCUCCUCUGUGGAAGGAAGGGCGGCUCGGGAAGUGGGGACUGAAGGUGGGCUAUUGGCGUGGGCUCAGGUUUAAGCUGAGUCUUGUUCCUUUUGGCUGGACAUGGAGGAGUUGGAGAAAGAUGUAAAGUUUAUUGUGGAUGAGACCUUGGACUUUGGAGGGGUGUCACCAUCUGACAGUCGUGAGGAGGAAGACAUAGCAAUGUUGGUGACUCCAGAGAAACCACCCCGACGAGGCCUCUCCCACAGAAGUGACCCAAAUGCAGUACCCCCUGCCCCCCAGGGUAUGAGGCUCAGCCUAGGCCCCCUCAGCCCAGAGAAGCUGGAAGAGAUCCUUGAUGAGGCAAACCGGCUGGCCACUCAGCUGGAGCAGUGUGCCCUGCAGGAGCGAGAGAGUGCAGGUGAGGGCCCAGCACCACGACGCCAGGUCAAGCCCAGCCCUCGGCGGGAGACCUUUGUACUGAAGGACAGCCCUGUCCGAGACCUGCUGCCCACUGUGAACUCUUUGACUCGGAGCAACCCCUCCCCAAGCAACAGGACACCUCGACUUCGGAGCAGUGAUAGGAAGGGGUCUGUCCGAGCUCUUCGGAUAACAUCUGGGAAAAGGCCCUCCAGUAUGAAGAGGGAGUCACCCGCUGCCAGUGUAUUCCCUGCAACCAAGAGCCCAGCAUCUUCUCCUCUUGCCCGAUCAAGUCCUCCAAUCCGAUCAAGUCCUCCAAUCCGAUCAACUCCUCCAAUCCAGGGGAAACCUGGACCCAGUGGGAGAGCAACAGCAAGCCCACCUACCCUUGUCAGACCAGUCCUGGCCCCACAGCCUUCUACCAGCAGUUCUCAACGUCUGCCUCGGCCAAAGGGAGCAGCUACUAAAUCUUCCCGUCAACUACCUGUUGCCUCAGCCAUCCCCAGGCCUGUUGGCCGAAUGCCACUUACCAGCCAGAGUGUACCACCCAGCAAAGGUGCCCUACCUACAGACUCUCUGUCAACUCGGAAAGGGCUUCCAAGACCAAGUGCUGCAGGGCACAGAGUUCCUAUUUCCCAGCGACCAAAUCUUCCUGUCAUGGGUGCCACUCGCAGCAGUCUACAACCCCCCAGGAAAAUUGCAGUCCCAGGACCUACCAGGUAAAGAGAUGAGGACAGCAAGCAAGAACUCAGUAGCAAACCACUACAGUCACUGCCUAGACUUGCCUCUACCCACCAGGCACUGACUCCAGUAGAUUCUGGCCUAGGGACAGGAGGAAGAGAUGCUGCCGGAGCUGGUCCCCAGGAGUAGAGACCCUGGGAGUUGGGAUGAAUUAGGGUUGAGCUGGAGAAGACUUAAACUCUCUGAGUUGAAAGAAGAUUAGGGAAAAAGAGGUCACCUUCCAGCAAUGAAAUUAGCUAACAGAAAAUGAAAAAAUACAGGCAAGUGGCUUGUCCUUAUCCACCCCUACUUUUAUGGCCAGCCCCAGAGAGUUUGAUCUUCCCAGGCAUUGGUUCACUGGGCUUUUACAUGUGAAUGGCCUCUGAGGUUAACCUCCUGAGCCCUCUUCCAGAAUCAUCCUCUUCUGGACUCAAGCCUGUUUGAAGAGUCUGAAACAGGCAUUUGGUCUCCAGACUUGUUUUCCUGUGAAUUCUGUGACCCCCUAACAGGCCAGUUUGUGAUAAGCUUCCUCCAUCAGUCAUUUUUCUAAAAUAAAGCGACUGUAUUUUUAUAUUCUCUGUGUAUCUGAAAGUAGAUCCUGCUCCAAUUUCUAAUUUGGAGUAAAUCUCUGUGUAAUUCCAGUGAGGGAGCCAGGAUGGGGCCUCCAGGCAGGGGCCUGACUAGUCCCUAGGGCCUUGAGAUUCCAGCUCAUCGGGCUGUGUCUGCCCCUCUUGUUGGCAUUAGAUGAGAACAGGCUGCCUUUCCCAGG